UCUAUUUGUUCAAAGGGGGCAUUUAUGACGGGACGUGAAAGGGCACCAAAUAAAAAGAAGGUAACGUGAGCAUUACAUGACCGUAGCGAUGAUGUUCUUGCACGAACUGCUACUUGCCUUUUCUCUAGUUGUGCUUGGAUCCGAAGGGAAAUGCCAUUUCAACUGGCCGGAGUGCUACUAUGGUUGUUUGACACUCAGAUCCCAUCCGGUAAUAUACUAUAGUGGAGUGGUGAAACUGUACCCCGAUUGCAUAGAGGCGUGCCAACAUUUUAGAAACUCUUCGCUACGUGAAUUCAUGAAACCUCAGCCUUGCAGUUUGAAGGAACCUUGCCCUUUUAACCGGGCUGAGUGCUACAAUGAUUGUCAGCUACUCCGAAGCCAUUAUGUGCUAUACGAUGCUGGAGUAACGAUUCACCCC